UCGGUUGGGGUCCUACUUUUACAUAACGCCCCCACAAUGCCCUUCGCCUUCCUCAACGUGGCCCCCGCUCCAAGCCCAUUUUCUGGAGCUAGGAAUCCACUCUCUGGGGUUCGAAGGUCACACUUAGAGCCUAAGGGGAAAUGGAGAAGUGCAAGGGGACGAGCAGAAUGGCUGGCACCACCUCAGCUGACGUGAAGAUGAGCAGCUCAGAGGAGGUGUCCUGGAUUUCCUGGUUUUGUGGGCUCCGUGGCAAUGAAUUCUUCUGUGAAGUGGAUGAAGACUACAUCCAGGACAAAUUUAAUCUUACUGGACUCAAUGAGCAGGUCCCUCACUAUCGACAAGCUCUAGACAUGAUCUUGGACCUGGAGCCUGAUGAAGAACUGGAAGACAACCCCAACCAGAGUGACCUGAUUGAGCAGGCAGCCGAGAUGCUUUAUGGAUUGAUCCACGCCCGCUACAUCCUUACCAACCGUGGCAUCGCCCAGAUGUUGGAAAAGUACCAGCAAGGAGACUUUGGUUACUGUCCUCGUGUGUACUGUGAGAACCAGCCAAUGCUUCCCAUUGGCCUUUCAGACAUCCCAGGUGAAGCCAUGGUGAAGCUCUACUGCCCCAAGUGCAUGGAUGUGUACACACCCAAGUCAUCAAGACACCAUCACACGGAUGGCGCCUACUUCGGCACUGGUUUCCCUCACAUGCUCUUCAUGGUGCAUCCCGAGUACCGGCCCAAGAGACCUGCCAACCAGUUUGUGCCCAGGCUCUACGGUUUCAAGAUCCAUCCGAUGGCCUACCAGCUGCAGCUCCAAGCCGCCAGCAACUUCAAGAGCCCAGUCAAGACGAUUCGCUGAUUCCCUCCCCAACCUGUCCUGCAGUCUUUGACUCUUCCUUUCUUUUUUGCCACCCUUUCAGGAACCCUGUAUGGUUUUUAGUUUAAAUUAAAGGAGUCAUUAUUGUGGUGGGAAUAUGAAAUAAAGUGGAAGAAAAGGCCAUGA